AGCUUUAAAAACAGUCGGAUACUCAUAACGAUAAAAUCAAUAUAUUUGCUUGAUUAGUUCUUUGUGCAGUCAAAAGUAUUUUGCCAGGUGACGCCAAACCAUGAGUAAUCUCGUCAAAUAUUUGUGUCUUCUACUGCUGCUACAAUCUUGCCACGCGAAUCACACGGAACCAAUUGAUGACCUCCAUGAGCGCGCCAAACGAUGGUUGUCGUUCAGCCCGAACGGUGGAGUUGCCAAAUUGGUCAUUGGUGCUCUCUUCCCGAUCCAAGUCAACCACUACAAACUGAUCCGGAACUGCAAUCUGGCGGUGAAUCUACAGGCCAACUACGCCAUUCCGGCCACCAUCAUUUGGCCCGUUCCGAGCAGCAUCUUCAAGAACCGGCUUAACAACGAAUACGUGGACAAGAGCCGCAUCCAGCUGUAUAAGGUCAUCGAAAAUAUGUUCGACUACGGUGGUACCGAUGGGCGUGAUUGUGUCCUAAGGACGAUAUGUGAGAUUGCCGAAACGCCCCUCAAUCAUAGUGGAAUGUUUGGAGAACUGAUGGACGUGAUGUUUACACCAUACGAAGCGGAGCAUUUGGAUGAAAUUUACAUGGAAGCAAGGCAACAUGGCCUAAACGGGACGGAUUGUGUUGAAGUCUACAAAGGUUGCCCCCUUGGUUCAGGACUGCUGGAAAAGUUGACCGUGCUGAAUUUGGUUUAAUAAAAGCUAGAUCAAAAUUA